AUGUUUGAACUGGAAGGUGGAGACAGGAAGCGGUGGGAGCACUGUCCUCUGCAGUGGCACUUGGACCAUUUACAGCCCGAGAGAAGAACAAGGGAGCUCGACAGCCUAUGCUGGGAGCCUGCUGGCUUUAUAGCUCAAGCUGCCCCGGGCUCCUACACUAAGCUCCAGAGGUGUCCCAGAUUCAAGUCUGCCCGGUGGCGGAGUGGGGCAGAAAUCGAGUACCUGCAGUCGGUCCUGCCCAGCACCAUGGAGGAGGCUUUCUUCGAUUACCUGCGCACCGUGGACGCCUCCGAAGUCACCGUCUCCUCUGUGCCAGAGGGCUCUGUCGUCUUCGCCAGGGUUCCGCUCUUGCAGGUGAAGGGGCCGCUGCUGGUGGUGCAGCUCCUGGAGACCACGCUGCUGUGUCUGGUCAACUAUGCCAGCCUGGUGGCCACCAACGCUGCCCGGUUCCGGAUGCUCGCUGGCCCGGACAAGAAGCUGAUGGAAAUGGGGCUGCGUCGCGCCCAGGGCCCGGAUGGGGGCCUUUCCGCCUCCAAGUACUCCUACGUCGGGGGCUUUGACAGCACCAGCAACGUCCUGGCAGGGAAGCUGUUCGGGAUCCCGGUGGGGGGAACGGUGGCCCACUCCUACAUCAUGUCCUUCGCGUCGCUGGAGGAGGUGCAGCCCCGGGUCCGUGGCCCCGCCAGGUGGAGACGGGAUUCGUUCAGGAGCCUUGCCCGGCGCUCAGAGGGGGCAGAGGCCUGCCUGGUAGACGGGGGCGGGUUGACUCUCAUCGUCCCCCGCCGCCUCUUCCAGGGGCUGCUGGACGCGUACUGCGUCAUGGGGAGCGGCGUCCCAAACUUCUGCGCCGUGGCGCUGGCGCUGAACCAGCUGGGGUACCGGGCGGCAGGCGUCCGCGUGGACAGCGGCGACCUCGGCCAGCAGUCGCGGGCGAUUCGCCGGGUGCUCCAGACCUGCGGCGCCGCCUUCCAGGUGCCCUGGUUAGCCACCAUCCCCAUUGCGGUGAGCAGUGAUGUGAGUGAAAGGAGCCUGCAGGAGUUAAUGCAGGAGGGGAACGAAAUUGACAUGGUCGGCAUCGGGACCAACCUGGUGACGUGCCCCCUGCAGCCCUCGCUGGGCUGCGUUUACAAGCUGGUGCAGGUGAAUGGCCGCCCCACGCUGAAGCUGACGGAGGAGGAGGAGAAGAUGACCGUCCCGGGGAGCAAGGCGGUGUACAGGCUCAGGGACGCUGCCGGUCUUGCCUUUAUGGAUCUCAUGGCCCUGGAGACGGAGCCCCCUCCCCAGGCAGGCCGGGAGGUGUCUGUCCGCCUGCUGGGGUGGCACGAAGAGGCCAGGAGGGUGACUCCCAUGGCAGUGGAGACCCUGCACCGCACGUACUUUAAAGAUGGACAGGUUUGCCAGGCUCUUCCCAGCCUGCUGGAAAUCAAGAGCCAUGUGCGAGCCUCUCUGAGCACGCUCAGCCCUGUGCACAAGAGGCUCCAGGAACCAGAGCCUUACCAGGUUGCUGUGACUGAGAAACUGCACUUUCUCCUCAACGACCUGCGCCGAUCCAGCCAGUGAGCUGCCCGGCAUCCUCCUGUCCAGCAGCAAACUGCCCCCGGGCACGGCCCAAGAGCCCGCUGCUGCACAGACACCUGGCCACUCGGGUGUUUUUAUGCAACUGUCGAAUAUUUUCUCCAAUGAUGGUUUUGCUGCGCAGGGCAGUAGCGGCCAGGUAGCCCAGCUCCAUCGCCUGUGGCAAAAUGAAUCCCCAGCCAGGGCCUGUGCAGAGGGGAGGCAGGUUUUUCGGAUCCAAUUUGAAAUGGGUGCGGCGGAGGACCAGCAAGGCCAUGCCUAGUUUGACUCCUAAUCAGGUGCCGGAAUCUGCAGCUCUCCACUGGGGCUGUUUGUCCGUCUGUGUUUGGGAAAGUCCUAGCUCCUUACAUUGACCCGCUCAUAUUUUUCCAUCAAAAUGGCACUUCUCUCAAUAUGGAGCAGAAAAAUCCCAUUUUCGGUUAUGCACGUGUUACGAUGAAGAAGAAGAAUAUUGCAAGAGUUCAAGUAUUAAGGAACAGGAAACCCAUUUGACAGAGCUGCGUCAGGCAGAUUGCUUGUAUCUGAUGUCAAGACAGGAUUAGACCCUUAUCCUCACCCUUCUGUUCCAGGCUUACAACAAACUUCAUGAAGUAAGUAAAAGAAUGUGACGAUUGUUCUCUUUGAAAUUGUAGCUCCCACCUGAUAGGGGUUUGCCCGGUUCCUCCCUACAACCUCGUGGUCCGGUGAAGGCCUUCAUGCUUAACUCUUAACACGCAUGUUCCUCAUUCACAGACAAUAGCAGGGUGGUGAAGCACUGGAAUGGGUUACCUAGGGAAGUAGUGGAGUCUCCAUCGCUAGAGGUGUUUAAGUCUCGGCUUGACAAAGCCCUGGCUGGGUUGAUUUAGUCGGGAUUGGUCCUGCCUAGAGCAGGGGGCUGGACUUGAUGACCUUCUGAGGUCUCUUCCAGCUCUAUGGUUCUAUGAUUCUAUGAUUUCUUUGUGACAGAGGAGCAACAUGCACAGUCGAACAAGAACGUUGUUACAGUUCCAAGGACAAUCAUUGUAUCCUUUUCCUUAGUUCAUGUUUGUUGUAAGCUGAAAACAGAAUGGUGACUACAGAGCCGUCACUGCUACAGGAAAAUAGCUGGGGUCUAUUUUAGGCUUGCACAUCACCAACACAGUUGUUUAAGAAACACCUGAUUCGUCCGAAGUGGAAACACGCUCUCGCGUCUGUGCCAGGUUGAGGAGGAAAUUCUCUGCUUCGAGGCUAGGGCUCUUCAUUCCCUUUAGCGUAGAGCUAACAUGUAGGAUCAUGGUAAUCGCAUUGGCUCAAGACUUGUUCUGUAUCCUUGUAACAUGAUGCGACUCGUCAGCACGGCGCCUCCUGCUGGGCACUCUGGGAAUGAGCUCUGCUCCGUACCAGAGCGCCUGCGUCUGGCUGUCAUAUGCCUGCUGGUGCCUGUUGUUCUCCUCCACCUUGUGCUAGGAUCCGUGUCCCUCCCAGCCCGCGGAACCCUUUCCUCCAUGCACCGUGCCCACUCUCUGGGGUCCCCCCCUCAGGGAACCCCCAAACCCACCUUGCCUCAGUGACCCUACAGCCAGGCGUCACCUAGCCCCUUAUCCAAGGGGCCCACUGCAGUCUAACAUGGCAACUGGUCAUAGGCAAGGGGAUGGGGACCUGGUGCCUUUGCCUGCCCUAGUGUCCCAGGCCUUUGUUGCUGGGCCUCAGUUUGGGUCAACUCAGCCUGCAGCUCCCCAGGCUCAUGCUGCCUUUCCCUGGCACUGCAUUGCCCAUGGUACCAUGGCUAGCAGCAGCUGGGUCCUUCUUCCUGCAGGGCUGGAGUGAAAGAGUAUGGAGUCUGGCCAGCCAUCUCUUUUAUACAGCCCUCCUGGGUUCUGAUUGGCUGCUGCAAGGCCUCUCAUGAUUGGGCCCUUGCUACAGCCCUCUCCCAGUGCUCUUUUAACCCCUUUUAUGCCUGGAGCAAAUGGACGACCUGCUACAAUCCUGCUAACGGUGGCCAGCAGUGUUCCUUGUAAGCUGAGCACUUGGACGGCCAGCCAGGAGAGAGUUAAAUGCCGCCCAACUGAUUAGCAGACUGCCUGCAGUGCCCACAGCCAGCAGCAUGUGUUUCUACUGGUGGUGCACAUCCACACAUGCCUCUGCGCACAUAACAAUAUUUAUUCUGCACAUGGAUGAGAAAAAUUAGAGGGAACAUUGGUGGCCAGUAUCCGUGGCUUCAUAAGGUGCAUGAAAGCCCCAGCGAUGCAGCUAAACUGGGGAAACUUACAACCUAAUCCUGAAAUGAGCUGUGGCCUUAGGGUCCCAAUGAGGUUCUGCAAGGGGCAGAUUAACCUCUUAAAGAUGGAUCAUUGAGUAUGAACUUAGUGCCUUAUUUCCCACAAUACACUUUGCCUGCAGACCCCAGGAGAGGUCUUGCGGGGUCUUUGAAACCACAAGUGCCAUGUAAACGGAAUAGAAACCAGUGCCUGGAGUUGGCACAGUUGGUAGAAACUUAGGUCAAAGUACAAAGGAUGUAUAUAAGCAAAUGACACAAACAUGUAGUGGCAAAAUUAGAAAGGCAAAGGCACAAAAUGAGCUCAGUCUAGCUAGAGACAUAAAGAGUAACAAGAAAAAAUUCUGCAAAUAUAUUAGAAGCAUGAGGAAAAUCAAGGACUGGGCAGGCCCACUGCUCCAUGAAGAGGGAAAAACAAUAACAGAAAAUGUGGACAUGGCAGAGGUGUGUAAGGUUGGUGGGGAUGAUGUAAUAGUAACUCCUGGAGAAAAAGAGGUAAGUUCAGAAGUUAAAGGAGGAAAAGAAUAAGUUAAAAGUUACUUGGAAAAGUGAGAUGUCUUCUAGUCACCAGGGCCUGAUGAAAUGCAUCCUAGAAUACUCAAGGAGCUGAUAGAGAAGAUAUCGGAGCCAUUAGUUAUCAUCUUUGAAAAGUCAUGGAAGAUGAGAAAGAAG